AUCCAUACCCAAGGAAGAAUCAAUGUGUAUCGUGAUUGAUAAUUUCAUCACAUUUCAUAGUUGGUCGGGUGAUUUUUCUUUCCAUUUCACCCAAUUGCCAAAGCUUUCUUGUUUUCCUAUUCUUUUCUCUCUCUUAACCCUCUUGUAACACCAACCGAACACGGCCUCUUCUUCUUACUUGUUGGUUCUCUCGGUCAAUCAUUAAACCAAUUGUCGUGAGAGGAAUGCGGGGAAAUGUGAAUCCAUUGCGCGGGGAUGGCUAAGGAUAGCUAGGAAUAGCCAGGAAUAGCCAGGAAUAGUCAGGAAUAUCCAGGAAUAGCUCGUGGGCAAAAGAGGGUUUCAUCGAGAGUGUCAUUGAAAUACCAAUUCCAUACAAAAAGACCAGAUCCCAACAUAUCAGCCUGUUUAGAUUAUAAAGGAAACCAUGUAAUAAGUAGGUAAGUAGACAGGUAGGUAGGUAGGUAGGUAGGUAACCAUUCCUCUAUGUAUACCCAGUUUUGGCUACGAUCACGUUGCACCCUUCUUCCGUCUCAUAUAUAUAUAACACGAUCAAUCCGAACAAUUCCAAUUCUAUCGAGACUCUCUACUUCAUUCACCCAACGCUCUUUCCAUUCGUUCGGGAAUGGUACAGAAACACGGUAGAAUUCAUUGUGACAGAUGAUCUUAACAUUCAUUCUCUGUUCGUGUACUCCUAAGAUUUAUUAAAAUAUCGCUUCUUCUUGGAUUUCAUCCAGCUUUCUAACCUGCCUCCUCACAAGAACAAUUCUUCCUUUCCCUAGAACACAACAUACGAACUUCUCCAUUCCUCUCUUCUCUUCUCUUCUGUUCUGUUCUCUCUCACAAAAACAAUAUCAAAAUUACAGAUGCGGGUCUAAAGGAUGACCUGGCCUUCAACAAUGAAGCCGAUACUUAGAUUGUGUCGUGCCAAUAAUUAUUCAGAAGUGCUCUUGCCAGGUCCAAAGAUUGGUGAUAGUCUUGCUACUCACGUACGAUCACUUUAUCCGACAAGCCAGAAAAAGUACAAGAGAUAUAUAUCGACAUCUAAUCCUUCUACCACAUCUGCUGUCCCGAAAACUGCGUCCCUUUCUACAGCAUCCUCUGCUGCUGUUACGCCGGAUUUAAUUACCACUCCAUACUCGAAUUUGACAAUUGGGAUAGCUCGCGAGACAUACCCAAACGAAAAACGAGUUGCGAUUACUCCACAAAAUGCACAAUUGUUAAUUAAGAAAGGGUUCUCCCGAGUUCUGGUUGAGCGCGGUGCUGGAGCCGAAGCUCAAUUCACAGACGAGGCAUACGAAACGGCGGGAGCUAAAGUGUUAAAUAGGAAGGAUGUUUGGGCAGAAAGUGAUAUUCUUCUGAAGGUCCGCGCACCAACUGCGGAGGGGCCUAAUAAUGAAGUCGAUUCGCUCAAGACCAAUGCAACUCUUAUCUCGUUCUUAUAUCCAGCGGUAAACAAAAAUGUCGUGGAGAAACUGGCGCAUCGAGAGGUUACCUCUUUCGCGAUGGAUAUGAUUCCUAGAAUUUCCAGAGCUCAAGUCUUCGAUGCUUUGAGUUCUAUGGCUAAUAUUGCCGGUUAUAAAGCUGUCCUUGAAGCUUCGAAUCAUUUCGGUCGUUACAUGACUGGCCAAGUCACUGCUGCUGGAAAGGUACUUACUCGAGUUCCUCCUUGCAAAGUGCUUGUUAUCGGUGCUGGUGUGGCUGGUUUAAGUGCCAUUGCAACAGCUCGACGCAUGGGAGCAAUCGUACGAGGAUUUGAUACCAGAUCAGCUGCACGUGAACAAGUUCAAUCAUUAGGUGCCGAAUUUAUCGAGGUAGAGAUCAAAGAAGAUGGAUCUGGUGCCGGUGGCUAUGGCAAGGAAAUGUCAAAAGAAUUCAUGGAGGCCGAAAGGAAAUUAUUUUUGGAACAAUGCCGUGAAGUUGAUAUUAUCAUUAGCACUGCAUUGAUUCCCGGCCGCCCUGCUCCUAAAUUGAUUCACGAAGAUAUGGUUGCAGCAAUGAAACCCGGUUCUGUCAUUGUUGAUUUGGCAGCUGAAGCUGGUGGUAAUUGUGAUGUUACUGUUCCAGGUCAACUGAUUGAACAUAAAGGAGUCAAGAUUAUAGGAUAUACUGAUCUUCCUUCUCGACUACCGACUCAAUCUUCCACCUUGUAUUCGAAUAACAUUACUAAGUUUCUUCUCUCUAUUGCCCCUGAAGAGAAGCAAUUCGGAAUUGACCUCAAGGAUGAAGUUGUCCGUGGUUCAAUUGUUACUCACAAUGGAGAAAUCAUACCAACUGCACCACGACCAGCUCCUCCAGCUCCAAAAGCUGCCUCAAUUAUCGAUGCUAACGCUUCAGCUGCUAAUACCGUACCAUUGACUCCUUGGCAAAAGCAAACACGUGAAGUCGGAGCUAUUACUGGUGGAAUGAGUCUUGCACUUUUUCUUGGUAAAGCAACUGGGCCUUUAUUCAUGAACAAUGUCUUCACAUUUGCACUGGCUGGAUUGAUUGGCUACAGAACCGUAUGGGGAGUUGCUCCUGCUUUACAUUCGCCACUGAUGAGUGUUACAAAUGCGAUCUCUGGUAUGGUCGGUGUAGGUGGUUUCUUCAUCAUGGGAGGUGGUCUUGUACCACAUACUAUUCCUCAAGCUCUCGGUGCUUUGUCUGUAAUGCUUGCAUUUGUGAAUGUAUCUGGUGGAUUUUUGAUUACCAAGAGAAUGUUAGAUAUGUUCAAGCGACCAACCGAUCCAAAGGAAUACCCAUGGUUAUAUGCUGUACCUGCUGUUGUUUUUGGUGCCGGGUAUAUCGCCGCUGCAUCCACUGGCAUGGCUGGACUUGUUCAAGCAGGAUAUAUCGCUAGCAGUCUUCUAUGCAUUGCAUCAUUAUCUGGUCUUGCUUCUCAGACGACGGCGCGGCAAGGUAAUCUUUUGGGUAUUUUGGGUGUUGGAGUAGGUAUGCUUGCAUCUCUAGCCGCGGUUGGACUCCCUGUCGAAGUACUUGCACAAUUCGCAGCUGUAGCUGGCUGCGGGGCCUUAAUCGGAUUGAGGAUUGGACGACGGACGACCGCAACUGAUCUACCUCAAACUGUCGCGGCACUUCAUUCUGUGGUUGGUCUUGCUGCUGUUUUGACCAGUUUCGGAUCAGUCAUGGCAGAUAUUGGUGACAUCUCACAACUUCACCUCAUAGCUGGGUAUAUGGGUGUUCUCAUUGGUGGUGUUACGUUUACCGGAUCGAUUGUAGCUUACCUCAAACUUGCUGGUCGGAUGUCUUCCAAACCAAUUAGGCUACCAGGUCCCAAACAUUCAGUAAACUCUACUCUACUUGCUCUCAACAUGGCUAAUAUGGCAGCCUUCAUUACUUUUGCACCUGCUGCGCCAGUGAUUGCGGCUUGUUGCUUGGGUGGUAAUGCAGUUCUCAGUUUUAUUAAAGGUUACACAACUACUGCUGCUAUUGGUGGAGCAGAUAUGCCUGUUGUUAUUACCGUGCUUAACGCAUAUUCCGGAUUCGCAAUUGUAUCUGAAGGUUUCAUGCUCGAUAUGCCGCUUUUAACGACAGUUGGCUCUUUGAUAGGAGUUAGUGGUUCAAUCCUAUCUUCUAUUAUGUGUGUCGGGAUGAAUCGAUCUAUCGGAAACGUUCUAUUUGGAGGAAUAGCUCCUAGCACGGAGACUGAGCAUAAAAUUGAAGGACAAAUCACCAAAACCAAUAUCGAUGAAGUCGUGGAAUCCCUGGAAAAUGCCGAAAGUGUUAUCAUCGUCGUUGGAUAUGGUAUGGCAGUCGCAAAAGCUCAAUAUGCUAUCAGCGAUAUCACCCGAAUGCUUAAGAGUAAAGGUAUUAAUGUCCGCUUCGCCAUUCAUCCCGUCGCAGGUCGCAUGCCUGGUCAAUGCAAUGUUCUACUUGCGGAAGCUAGUGUUCCAUACGAUAUUGUACUCGAAAUGGACGAAAUCAAUGAUGAUUUCGGAGAAACAGAUGUAACACUUGUCAUUGGUGCAAAUGAUACUGUCAAUCCUAUCGCUCUUGAACGGGGUUCUAGUAUUGCUGGUAUGCCUGUAUUACAUGCCUGGAAGAGUAAACAGGUGAUUGUUAUGAAGAGAGGUAUGGCAAGUGGAUAUGCUGAUGUGGUUAAUCCUAUGUUUUACAUGCCGGGUACGAGGAUGCUUUUUGGUGAUGCUAAGGAUAGUUGUGAUGCUAUUAAAGGUGCACUCGAAGCGAGAAAUCGUAUGUAUGACGUCUGAGUAUCUGCAAGCGAGAUGACCGUUAGUCCUUUGACCGUUACUGGCGAGAUUGUUUUACUAGGCUAGCUACCUUGCUUUAGUGGGUAGAUCUAUCAAGCUGGGUAUAUACUUGUUCAAAAUUCGGAUAAAGGAGAUUAUGAUUAAAGAUUAAGGGUUACGGAACCAGGGAAGGUAAUUUGUCUAUAAGUGAGUAACUUAGUUGGGCGGUGAAAUUGGGUUUUGAGUACAAACAGAUGCGGAGUCGGAGAGAAAUAAGAGGGGAAGUAAAUGAUAAAUAAGAUUCGGUAAAUGAUGAUGAUAACUAUUAUCUUUUAUUAUUACUCUUGAGAUUAUCUAAGGUUUAGAGAUGGUGAGAAAAUCAAUAUGAUCGUCUGAUGAGGCCUAGUGGGCUUUUGCGGUAUUAUUUUAGGAUGUCGAGAUGGGGAUAUAAGUUAAACCUCUUAUUUUCUAGUCAUUUUUCAAGGGGGCUAUCUUUUCUUAUUAAAAUCAACAAAAAAACUUUUUAUUUUUGAAUAGAAUUUAUUGAUAAUUUGUAUAUCUAUAAUUGAAGUUAUU